CGCCCCCCCCUGCCGCCCAUUGGCGGAGAGCGGUGCCAGUCAGAGCCAGGUGUUCUCCGCAUUGUCAGGCAAAGGCCCCGGUGCGACACCGGCGAUGUGCGGGGAAGACCGGUGAUCAUUGUCCGAGGAAAAUGGGAGAUGGCCGCCGCGGCCCGGAUCGCGUUCUUCUGGGCAGCCGCCUUCGUGUUAUUAGCACGGAGCUGCCGGAGCCUGGAGACGGGGGAGGGGAACGUCACCGAGCCGUCCUCCUACAACACAACCACCGCCGGCCUACCGACCACCACCGUACCGACCUACAACACCUCCGCCACCGGUCUACCGACCAUCAACACCGCCGCCGCCAUCGGACCGACCUCUAACGGCACCGACAAUGUCACCGAUCCGGGACCCAGAGAGGCGACCAGCACCCCGAACUACCGGGAGAGGGUGAUCCGGGGACCCGACACCAUCCUGACCACCACCUACCCCCCGACCAACCCACCCACCGUCCUACCUACUCGCCCCCCGACCAACCCACCUACCGUCCUACCUACACAUCGCCCGACCAACCCACCCACCGUCCUACCUACUCACCCACCGACCAACCCACCUACUCACCCACCCACCGACCCCCCGAUCAUCCCACCCACUGAUCGACCAACGUCUCCCCCGAUCAUCCCACCUACUGUCCUACCUACCCGUCACCCGACCAUCCCACCCACUGAGCGACCGACAUCUCCCCCCACCAUCCCCCCGAUCAUCCCACCAACCGAUCGGCCGACCAACCCCCCAACACCGCCGCCUGACACCACCGGAGUUCCAGAAAGCUCUGCGACCCCCAAGGAGAAAUACAUCACAAGCGCAACUGCUGCCGUCACAACGGCCACAACGGCGGAGAUUCUUUUAUCCAGCAAAAGUCAGUCUACAACAUUACAGACUAUUGAGGUGACCACGUCCCCCGGUAAUAACGGUACCUCCGCCAUGGCGGACAUGUCCUGGACUCAGUUCAACAUCAUCAUCCUGGCGGUGAUUUUAAUCGUGGUGGUCCUGCUCAUGGGAUUCGUAGGCGGCGUGUACGUCUAUAGGGAGUAUCGGAACCGCAAGCUCAACGCUCCCUUUUGGACCAUCGAGCUGAAGGAGGACAACAUCAGUUUCAGCAGUUACCAUGACAGCAUUCCCAACGCCGACGUCUCCGGCCUCCUGGAGGACAACGCCAGCGAGAUCACCCCCAACGGCCAACUCUCGCUGACCGCCCCCAUCCACAGCUAUAAACCCUGAAAAUCAACCGCCAUGUUCCUCUUCUCCGCUCCCUAGGACUUUUUAAUGUUGUAAUUAAUAAUUUAAUGAAGUGUAUAUAUUGGGCGAAAAACUGAAUGUGAAGUUCAGAACUGAAAAUGGCAUUAUUUGUUUUUGUUGUUUUUAACAAAAAGUGUGGCUUUUAUUUUCACUUAAAGUCAGACUGAACUUAA